AUGCUUUACGGGCGCCGGAAAAAGAUUGUUAACUUGCUCUUACAAGUGUCGAGGAUCGCCCCAUACUCUGGAGUAUAUCGUGUCCAAUCAACAGCGCAUCUGGUUGACGUAGCUCGCGGAAUUAUAGGGCACCUAAAGAAACUCUGCAACAUACUCCUCAACCUCAACUGGUUAGCGGUUCGCGAGGAGCACUACUCACUCGAGAAUGAUUCGUGUCACAUAUUGCGACAGCCCCAUCUGGAAGUACCCAUCAUUAACGAGUUGAAAGUACGAAAAAUGUCCGAGCUCUAUGAACACCUCCUAUGUCUUCAUCGAAUCGAUCGCCUCAUGUCCGCAUAUGUGGACGUGAACAUUUUUGAAAAAUAUUUUAAAGCUGUUACCAAGCAUCGAUAGGAAUGAUAUACUAGCAAUCUGAUCCUCAAACUCACUUCAGUCUCCCGUCAAGAGCAGUAAACUGAAGGCGAACGUCAUAAGUUGAUAAAUUUAUAUGUUUGCAAUCAAGAUCAAAACAAAAUUUAUUAUAUAUUAGUUAAACAAAAUUAUAGAUUUAUUUUUGCUAAUUCUCACCCAAGCUAAGAUCGAAAUAUGUUCGGAAUAUCCUUGACUAUAUCAAUGUGUCACUUCACGGACUAAUGGAAAAUACAGUUUUGUACUUCUUAUAGUCGAAUAUAUGCAAACUCCGCUAAUAAAUUAUAUUUAAAAAAAGCAAAA